AUGAAUUUCAAUGCCUGGAAAGAUAUGAGAACAUGUGUUAAUGAGGCCCCCACUAACUCACUCAUUAAUUCAAGCACAAAACAUUUAACUGAUAAUCAGAGUAACAAAGUUUUGAUUACUUCCAAUUUUGUACUAUUGGUUCUUCUUGGUGUUUUUAUUUGCACCACCAAUGCAAGAAAGCUUAUUGGCACAGAGGGUUCUUUCGACGAUGAGAAAAAAUUCUUCUUUGAUCACUGGGAUUUAGGAGGUGGAGGGCUUGGCAGAGGUGGUGGUGGAGGGUUCGGUAGAGGAACGGAAGGAGAUUCUGGUUCGGGAGGAGGAUUGGGUGGUGGGUUUGGAAACGACGCUCAAAGAGGAGGUGGAGGGUUUAGUGGAGGUGGAGGAUCGGAGGGCGGUUCUGGUUCUGGUUCUGGAGGAGGAUUGGGUGGUGGGUUUAGAAGUGGUUCUGAAGGAGGAGGUGGAGGUGAAGGAACAGGAGGUGGUUCAGGUUUUGGAGAAGGAUUUGGUGGUGGGUUCGAAAAUGGUGCUUAA